CGUUGAUGACGUAUUUCCGUUUCCGGUAGCGGCGGGGGACGCACUCGGCCGGCAGCCGCGAUGGGGGGGGGAGACCUGAACCUGAAGAAGAGCUGGCACCCGCAGACGCUGCGCAAUGUGGAGAAGGUGUGGAAGGCGGAGCAGAAGCACGAGGCCGAGAGGAGGAAAAUCGAGGAGCUGCAGCGGGAGCUGCAGGAGGAGCGGGCGCGCGAGGAGAUGCAGCGCUACGCCGAGGACAUGGGCACCGUGCGGAAGCGCGAGGAGAAGCUGGAGUGGAUGUACCAGGGCCCUGGGGGGAUGGUGAACAGGGAUGAGUACCUGCUGGGACGGCCUGUGGACAAAUUCAUCCUGGACAAGGUUGGGGACAAGGACAGUGCUGCCUCUGAGGACACAGGGCUCCUGCCUGGCUCCAUCUUUGCCAGGGCUGGGGCCAGCUCCGUGCUGGACAUGGCCACCAAAAUCAGGGAGGACCCUCUGUUCAUGAUCAGGAAGAGGGAGGAGGAGAAGAAAAGAGAAGUUUUGAACAACCCAGUGAAAAUGAAGAAAAUCAAAGCUCUGCUGCAGAGCAGUUUGGAGAAGAAGGAGAGGAAGAGGAAGAAGGAGAAGAAGAGGAAGCACAAGAAGCAUCGACGCCGCAGCUCCAGCAGCUCCAGCAGCUCCAGCUCUGAGGAGGACAGAGCCCCAAAAAAGUCUCAGAAAAAAGUGGAGAGUUCUUCCUGCAAGGCUGCUCCCUCCAAAAUCCCAGGAUAUGGAUUGCAGCUGAGGGACCCCGAGCAGAGCCAGCCCCAGCAGGGCCACCAGGGCCACCAGGGCCACUCCAGCAGGAGCCACAGCAGGCAGCACAGCAGGGAGGAGAAGAGCAGAGCCAGGAGCCCGUCCCCAAAAAAGAGCUUCAGGCGGCAGCAGCCCUCGGGGUACACCAGAAAGAUCUCCCCUGAGGAACUGGAGAGGAAAAGGCAGGAAAUGAUGGAAAAUGCCAAGUGGAGGGAGGAGGAGAGAGCCAACAACCUCAGGAAGCACCGCAGGGAGGAGGAGCUGGAGAGGGAGCUGCAGAAACUCGACUCCAGGGAUGGGAAAUUCUUCCACCGCCUGAAGCUGGAGAGUGCCUCCACCUCCAGCCUGGAGGACCGGGUGAAACGCAACAUCCACUCCCUGCAGAGGACUCCUGCAGCCCUGGAGAAGAACUUCAUGCAGAGGUGAAAGCUGUGCUGGGCAGGAGCUCGGUGGACAUUUGUCUGGAGCAAUUCCAGCUCCCACAGAGGAUGAGGAUGUGUUCAGGGCUCUGGGUUUGGGGCUUUGCUGGUGUCACUUUUGUCCAUCAUUACCCAGCUUGGGUGGUCACUGCUUCCUCCUGAAGAUCUUUUAAAAAUCCAGAGCAGAACUGGGUUUUACCACACGUGUGAGGUGAUUCCAUGGAAUUGGACAGAACUCCACGAAUCCUGUUCCACCCUGUCCCCGUUGGCUGGCAUUUGGUGGCUCCCAGAUUUAUUUCAUUAAUCUUUCACCCAAAAGAAGCAAUUUCUGAGGGGGGAAAAAAAAGGGAAUGAGCAGAGCCUAGCUGACACAGCAAAUAAUUCUCUGGGAUUUUGUAAUGUAAGUAAUGUGUAUAUGUACAGCACUGUAGAUUUAUUUUGCCUUUUUAAUUAAGAAACUUCACUAUCGUUUAUUAAA